AUGUUACGCCAAGCGGUUAGAUCAACCAGUGUUUUUUCUAGAGCCAGCAGAUUGGGUUUGGUGCGUUACCAAAGUAGCGCAGCAGCUGUGAACGGAGGAGCCAAUGCUGCUGCCCCAGCUGCCACCCCAGUGGAUCCUAAGAUUGCCCAAAUUGUGCAAGAUAUUUCUAAGUUGACUCUUUUGGAAACAUCUGCUUUGAUCCAAGAGUUGAAGACCCAAUUGAAUAUUCCAGACAUUUCUUUCCCAGCAGCUGGUGCUGGCACUCCAGCAGCAGCAGCUCCAGCUGAAGAAGCCAAGGAAGAGGAAGUUGUCGAAGAGAAGACAAUUUUCUCCAUCAAGUUGGAAUCCUUCGAUGCCAAGUCCAAGCCAAAGAUCAUUAAGGAAGUGAAGAACUUGCUAGGUUUGUCAUUGGUUGAAGCCAAGAAGUUUGUCGAGAGUGCACCAAAGGUCUUGAAGGAAAAUGUCGCCAAGGAGGACGCAGACAAGGUUAAGGCUGCUUUGGAGGGUCUAGGUGCCAAGAUUGUCUUGGAGUAG